AUUCAUUCUUGUCCGAGUUCGGAUUUGGCGAUGGUGCUGGUUCGAUCCCGAUGCAGAAGACCUGCGUACUCUAGGGGAAUGAGGAUUGCGAUUGCGCGCAUGCUCACCCUUCGACCCAAGCCCUUCCCGUCUCCUAUGGACGGGGGAUAAACGUGCAUUCUGUGGAAAACGGUGAUGUAGCGGUGACAGAAGUAUACGAUCCUUGAAGGUCCCCGUUACCAUUCCCAUUCGGUAACGCAGUCUAAAAGCUUCUGUAGAGAUGGCUUCAGGAUCAGGAAGGAGAAUUUGUGUCAUUGGGGGAGGAGUAUCUGGGCUGACCACUGCCUUGACGAUAAAAGAAGAAAUGCCUCACGCGCGUCUCAUGGUCAUCGCUGACAAGCUCAUUAAAGGGACGGCAAGUGAAGAUCCUGGGGGAUUUUAUCGACCCCCAGGGGUUUAUAUGGGACCAACACCCGAAAUAACCACGAGAUGGUGUGAAGAUUCUUACCGAGUUUAUCAGAAGAUAUUGAGGUCUCCCGACCGGGUCCAAGCAGGAAUGACGGAAUUCCCUGUCUAUCAAUACAUCAGCUCUGACAAGUUCGGGGAAUCUCCAACCAUGCGAAGGAUAUUUCCUUCGUUCCGCUCCAUGACCACAGAAGAAUUGGGUCUUUGCCCUGGAAAUUGGAUUGGGGGAAAUUACUUCGUGUCCUUCUCCAUGGAAAUGACUAUGUUCAUGCCAUAUCUCCUAGAAAGAGUGAAGGCUCUCGGUGCAGAAGUGAUCGAGAAGAAGGUGUCAAACUUCUCGGAGCUUCUCCCGAUGGGCUUCGAUCUUGUAUUCAACUGCACUGGGACUGGUGCUAAAUGGCUGUGCAAUGACCCCUACGUGGUUCCUGUGCGAGGGCAACUGUUCAAAGUCAAGGCACCCUGGAUCAAAGCUGCCUUUUACAAAGACGUGGACACGCACAUAAUUCCAAAUGUGAACGAGCUUUCGGUUGGAGGAGUAAGGGGAUAUGAGAGUUGGGAGGAAGAAUGGAAUCCUCACGACGCAGCUUCGAUAUGGGAACGAGCCACGAGCUUGGUUCCUUCCCUGAAACGUGCCACUGUUGUCCGGCAUUGGGUUGGCUUCCGACCGACACGAUAUCAAGUGCGGUGCGAGAAAGAAGUUCUCACAUACGGCCAGCAGUCCCUCAAGGUUGUACACAACUACGGGCAUGGUGCUUAUGGUGUGACGCUAGCACCCGGCUGUGCACGUCAUGCAGUGCGUCUGGGCCAGCAAAUGCUUCAGGGCAAUAUCAACAACCUCCCCAGCAGCAAUCUUUGAUUCAUGCUCCGUCUUUAGUCUCCCUUCAAGAGUUCGAAAGGAUGAUUUAGAGCCUUUUUCUUGAAAAAAAAGUCUUACUCUACGUUAUCAUUCCUUGUUUUGAAUCUGGGCUGUGAGAAUUGCGUACCUGAUGUUGAAUUCCCGUUGUGAAGGUUAUUCGGUGCAUGAGGGAAUGGGUGUGGGCCUCACCCCUCUGCCGGUGUGAAUGUUCAUAACCAUUGAACCAAUCUCUAUAUGAGUGUCAUACACUGGAUUCGUUCAAUCCUAAUCUAACUUGGUUCAUAAUUAGCAUUUAUGGAAAAUGAGAUUAACAUUGUUAAACAUAUUCCCAUACGUGUCCUUCGUGACAUCAGAUCAG